UGCUAAGGGGGCAAAUGGAAACUACUCAAACAAAUUUAUGACAUAUCAUGCUGAAAAGCUGCACAAGGUGAAUGUCACUGCUCCUUAUAAAUUGCAUCCUUUUUUGGGGAAAAAACUGAAAGAAUGCCUGGAACACAUGCAUAAAUUACGCAGGUGCUCCGGAAACUUGGAAGCUCAAAAAUUCCUAAGGAUGCAACAAGGGGUAAUGGGGGCAAAUGGAAACUACUCAAACAAAUUUAUGACAUAUCAUGCUGAAAAGCUGCACAAGGAUGCAACAAGGGGUAAUGGAAUCUCAUCAUUUCUGCAAGGGCACUGCAGACAACUUGUCACUGGAUUACAUGCCUCAAACUGCCUUGAUAAAUUCUCUAAAGAUAAAAUGAUAGUUCCAUACUUUGCAAGAACACUGUCAUCGAGCUCAGCUACAGAGUCAUCUAGACAAGAAGGGGGCAAGAGGAAAGAUAUAUCUGCAAUAGAUGAGCCGUUUGAUGAUGCCCCCACUUAUAAUAUUCCUGAGAAACCCGUGACAUUUGUAGAGGGUGCUUCAUACGGUAUCUUCAUACUUGCAGGGCUCGGCAUUGCAGCAGCUGCAGCAUAUGUUGUGUGUACGGAGCUCAUUUUUGAACCAAAAGAGUACAAGGUUUUUGGGAAGGCUUUGGAAAGGAUUAAGAAUGAUAGCCAGGUUCGAGCGAGAAUUGGUUCUCCGAUAACUGGCUAUGGUCAGGAAAGCAGGAACCGAGCUGCUCGCCAGCGUAUACCCAACAGGAUCUGGACUGAUGAAGAUGGGGUUGAGAGGAUUGAGGUGCAAUUCCACAUCCGCAGCCCUCAUGGAUGUGGCAGGGUUUAUGCGGAGAUGUUCAAAGACAAAGUUGACAAGAACUGGAAAUUCACAUAUCUGAUCGUCGAUAUUACGGAUCCUACAAGCACACAGUUGAUGCUGGAGUCUUAUGUUCCUACCUGAGCUGGUAGUUCAGACGGAAAGGAUCCUCUAUCCAUAUUGGGCAUGGAAGUCAAGAUGCCGAAAUCUGAAAUUUAUUUUCUUCUAUGAUCUAUACAUUCAUAAUGCUCUCACACAAACUUCACAGGCUGUUACCCCAUGUAUUCCCGUUGGAAAUAUAAAAUCUGAUUUGGAGUAAAAUGAUUUCAUUGGCAUAAAUUUUAAUUUUGAGUAAAA